UGGAAAGUGAGCUGGGGGAAGUCAAGCAAUGUGCAAACACAGCAGCAACAUUUGUCAGCUGUUGGGACAAGAAAAGGACAUCCACCAUAAAGACUAUCAACCACGUGAGUAGUCCUGCACUAUUUGUACUGUAUGGACAUCAUUACUUUCAUCAUGUGUACAUAUGUUGGAAGGCAUUGCACAAUUCUCUAGUUUGUUAAGUUUUAAUUAAGUUUGAUACAGUUGAAUUGUUUUGAUUGUGUUUUAAUCCUGGCUCUGGAAAUGUAAACAUAUGUUUCCCACGUCUAUAAAGCACCAUUGAAUUGAAUGGACAGAAAGAGAGAGAGAGAGAGAGAGAGAGAGGGAAGACAGAGAGAGAGAGAGAGAGAGAGAGAGGGAGGGAGGAGAGAGAGGUGCAUUUUUGGUUGUGUCAUUGAGACAAUCUAAGUGAUGAUUUCAUUGCAUUGCUUUGGACUUGAAGACAUCUCACGGAAGAAGGACUCGUCCUCCCGCUUCAUGGACCAUCUUUAACACACAUGGACCAUCUUUAACACAUGGACUAUCUUUAACAGUUGGACUAUCUUUAACACAUGGACUAUCUUUAACACAUGGACCAUCUUUAACACAUGGACCAUCUUUAACACAUGGACCAUCUUUAACACAUGGACCAUCUUUAACACAUGGACUGUCUUUAAUUAAACUACUUCCCGCCACAUGGACCAUCUUUAACACACAUGGACUAUCUUUAACACAUGGACCAUCUUUAAUAUAUGAACCAUCUUUAACACACAUGAACCAUCUUUAACACAUGGACUGUCUUUAAUUAAACCACUUCCCGCCACAUGGACCAUCUUUAACACACAUGGACCAUCUUUAAAGCACUUCCCGCCACACGGAGCAUUUUUAAACCACUUCCCGCCACAUGGACCAUCUUUAACACAUGGACUAUCUUUAACACAUGGACCAUCUUUAAUAUAUGGACCAUCUUUAACACACAUGGACUGUCUUUAAUUAAACCACUUCCCGCCACAUGGACCAUCUUUAACACACAUGGACUAUCUUUAACACACAUGGACUAUCUUUAACACAUGGACCAUCUUUAAUAUAUGGACCAUCUUUAACACACAUGGACCAUCUUUAACACAUGGACUGUCUUUAAUUAAAUCACUUCCCGCCACAUGGACCAUCUUUAACACAUGGACCAUCUUUAAAGCACUUCCCGCCACACGGAGCAUCUUUAAAGCAUGGACUGUCUUUAAUUAAACCAGUUCCCGCCACAUGGACCAUCUUUAACACAUGGACUGUCUUUAAACUACUUCCCGCCAAACGGAGCAUCUUUAAACCACUUCCCGCCAAACGGAGCAUCUUUAACACAUGGACUGUCUUUAAUUAAACCAGUUCCCGCCAUAUGGACCAUCUUUAACACACAUGGACCAUCUUUUAAGCACUUCCCGCCACACGGAGCAUCUUUGAAGCACUUCCCGCCACACGGAGCAUCUUUGAAGCACUUCCCGCCACACGGAGCAUCUUUGAAGCAUUUCCCGCCACACGCAGCAUCUUGAAAGCACCUCCCGCCCCAUGGACCAUGUUCCCGGCAGGAGGUGAAAGCGGCCAUUAGCGCAGCGGAGAGCGGCCGUCACGCAUCCAAAUAUGCGCCUUGGCGUGCGCCGGCGAGGCGUCCCCGCUCCUUCCUCCGGGUCGACGUCGUCGUGAUGUUCAACACUUCCGCCAUCGAGCUGAGGAAGGAGGACCUCCCCCAAGUUCUCAAUGGCACUUUGCGGCUUCUUCACGACGUGCCGGCCACCGUCGCUCCCACCGCCAUGUGGACCAACCAGACGUGCGCGGAGCAGCUGCAGGAUUACGGCCGUCCGGAGAAGGUCAUCAUCGGGGUGAUGCUGGCCAUCAUCACCGCGGUCACCGUGAUGGGCAACACGCUGGUGGUGAUCGCCGUGUGCGUGGUGAAGAAACUACGGCAGCCUUCCAACUACCUGCUGGUCUCCUUGGCCGUGGCAGACCUGUCCGUGGCCAUCGUGGUCAUGCCCUUUGUCAUCGUCACCGACCUCACCGGCGGGAAGUGGCUUUUUGGGGAAGUCUUCUGCAACAUCUUCAUCGGCAUGGAUGUCAUGUGCUGCACCGCCUCCAUCAUGACCCUGUGCGUCAUCAGCGUGGACAGGUACCUGGGGAUCACGCGGCCUCUCACCUACCCGGCCCGACAGAACGGUCAGCUGAUGGCCAAGAUGAUCCUGGGGGUGUGGCUGGCGUCGGCGUCCAUCACUCUGCCUCCUUUCUGCGGCUGGGCCAAGAACGUCCACAGCGCCGGCGUGUGCCUCAUCAGCCAAGACUUUGGCUACACCAUCUACUCCACGGCCGUGGCCUUCUACAUCCCCAUGCUGGUCAUGCUGGUCAUGUACUACAAAAUCUUCCGGGCGGCCCGCAAGAGCGGCGCCAAGCACCGCUUCACUGACCUUUCCCGCCGCGAGCGGCUGGAAACGGUGGCUAACGAGGCGCUGCGGAUGCAGGGCCUGAAGCCUCCCGGCGUGGCCGAGGAGUGCGCCGCUUUGUCCCGACUGCUGAACCGUGAGCGGAGGAACAUCUCCAUUUUCAAACGGGAGCAGAAAGCGGCGACGACACUGGGGGUGAUCGUGGGGGUCUUUGCGGUGUGCUGGCUGCCGUUCUUCAUCCUGUCCACCGCCAGGCCCUUCAUCUGCGGGGUGGAGUGCAGCUGCGUGCCCAUCUGGCUGGAGCGCACGCUGCUCUGGUUGGGCUACGCCAACUCCCUCAUGAACCCCUUCAUCUACGCCUUCUUCAACCGGGACCUGCGCUCCACGUACCGCGACCUUCUCCGCUGCCGCUAUCGCAACAUCAACCGCCGUCUGUCGGCCGUGGGCGUGCACGAAGCCCUGAAGGUUUAGACCACGCCGACUUGUACUGGUGCGCCUCCUGGGAUUGAUCACAACGCUUCUGACAGAACGCGAGUCACUCGCUGAGUACUUCAGUGAGUGAGAGAUAGACCCUCGGUUAGGCUCUUUUUGGGAAACAAAACAUUAUUGUGGAGUCACGGCGUCGAUCACGGGGAGACGAGACAAAGACAAUAGAAGGCAAACAAUCGAAGUGUAUUAUAAAAGUGUAUGUUUGACAUUUGAGCACAAUGCAAACCAGGACCUUUCUGCUGAAUCGGUGCUGUUGUGCGUCACCAGGAAAUCAAUGCAGGAUAGAAGUCUACACUUGAAAAGAUACUGGAAUUAAAUUGCAUUGUCUCCCAGCUUACCAAAAUAUUGAUUUUGCCAUGGAAACAUUGAUAUAUUUUGCUCCUGAGUAGUUCUGGGUUCGAUACUGCGGUUGGGAUCUUUCUGUGUGGAGUUUGCAUGUUCUCCCCGGGACUACGUGGGCUCUCUCCGGGUACUCCGGCUUCCUCCCACCUCCAAAGACAUCCACCUGGAGAUAGGCCCCUCCCACCUCCAAAGACAUGCACCUGGGGAUAGGCCCCUCCCACCUCCAAAGACAUGCACCUGGGGAUAGGCCCCUCCCACCUCCAAAGACAUGCACCUGGGGAUAGGCCCCUCCCACCUCCAAAGACAUGCACCUGGGGAUAGGUUGAUUGGCAACACUAAAUGGUCCCUAGUGUGCGAAUGUUGUCUGCCUAUCUGUGUUGGCCCUGUGAUGAGGUGGCGACUUGUCCAGGGUGUACACUGGCUUCCAUACACACACACACACACACACACACACACACACA